AACCUCCUUGUCCCUCAUCCCCCCCCGUCAACGACAUCCGAGUUUCCGCCCAGCGCAGGGAAGCGACCGCGAUUUUCUUCUCGAACGAGACGCGUCCUCGAUUCUCGUCGACCGCGCGCUCUGUUUUUAAACGUGUGAAGUGCAUAACUUGGGUGGUAGAAAGCGCGAAGCGCCUUUUGUCUCGCGACCAGUGAUCGCCGAGUCGCGGCCCCGCCGCCGUCUUGUUUUUCUCGAUCCCGUCGCAUAUUCGCCCGUCGUGUGUCGAGAGAAUACCUCUCCGCCGUCGGUCGGUAGUGUGUACUUGCGCUUCUUGGAUACGCGGUCACGCAUGCACGCAUGGACAAGCAACGGCGACGCGGCACUGCCCCAAUGAUGGCCGUGCCGGGCAUUACCGUUGACGUAGUGAUGUAUUAUUAGUGGUGCGCGUCGCGGGAAAGUGCUGUAGUGCUGCCGUCUCGCUCGCUCUCGCUCUCUCGCCGCUCACUUCGGUCCGUAUAUCUCGGCACCGAUAAUAGCGCGGAGUGUGCUCCCCGUCAUCGUCGUCGUCGUCAUCGUCGUCGUCGUCGUCGUCGUCGUCGCCGCCGCCGCCGUCGCCGCCGUCGUCUCCGUCUCCGUCGCGGAAAUCAGUGAUCGCGGCGAAGGGCAGGCACGAUACGUACGCGGCGGUUCACACGUAUUUCGCCCAUCCCGCUCGCCCGCCCACGAGUUCCACGCAGUGAGAGUUUCGUAUUUAUCAGUGCACGACAGUUUCGUUCGCUCCUGUGGUGUUAUAUGUGUGGAUUAUCAUAUUUGGAUAACUCCGUAUUAUCGUAUUGGAUAUACUGCGAUCGCCGUCGUCGCGGCCCACGUCCCAAGCCUCAUCUCGCCAGAGCCGCCGCACGGCCCGAGAUCGUGAUUCCGCCUGGCGAGCUCUGUCCCUCGGAGGAGCCCCGUGAGUGAAAGGAAACGCGGAAACGGAGCGGGCUUCCCUCCGGCAAUUACCGAGACGAUCUUUCACGUCGCCCGGAAAGCGGAGCUUGGGGAUAAGGAUCGACGAAUGGGAAUUUAUACGUUUUAAAUUCAUCCCUGUGGGCCCCACGUAUGUUAUGGUACAGCCUGCACAACGCGAUUGUUCGACGUAUAGCAACUGCAAUGAGCAAGAUGCAGAGACAAAGCCGGCGUAGCUCGGAGGUGGAGGUUGCGCUUAUGCGCCCUGUAAGCACAGCUGGCUAAUAGCCUCGGAGCCCGUCCCCGACACCCUGCAGCCACACCAGAUUAGCAGUUGGCGUGACAUGGAUGUGAGCUUCACGAACGUGUUAGAGGGGGCUCGCCAGUACUUCCAGGGACUGCCCGUACCGAGUACAGGUAGUGGCGCGGCCACGUCGGUGGAUCACAAUCUCCACUCGACAUCCUCCACGAAUCCCGCCUCGUCCACAUCGGCGACGACGCACGAUCACGAUGCAUCGUCGCAGCCGACUCAAUCAACUCAGUCAAUCUCGACUUCCGCCAAUAGCAGCAGCAGUAAUAGCAGUAGCAAUGUCCAGGAGUCGAAUCGUUACCCCGCCGACGUUAGACCUUCGUCGUCCGUGGAAAGUGGAAAUGCGGCUGCCGGAUCUAGUUUCUGGAACCCGCACGUGGAGCCAUAUGCGCCGCAACCGACCAGGGUCGAAGUUCCGGACACGAGGCCAGGCGACGAAGGCUCCGCCAUGGAGCCCAGUUCCUCUUCUUCGGGCACUGUCACUUUAACCGAGAUGCAACCCUCAAAUUAUCAAUCCUCCUCCUCCUCCUCCUCUGUUGUCGCAUCGUCGUCGAAUUUCUCGCAGAGACCGCCGCCAACGUCAUCGUCGUCAUCGUCGUCGACCACCUCGUCCUCCAACGAUCACAAUCAUCACCAUCACCAACCUCAUCUCUCGACGGCGAACUCGUCGUCGCAUUUGCAUCAGAUGCAACCGCCCCAACCGCCACAUUCCCCUGGACCGGUGUACCAACAACUUAAUAAUGUCAGCAGGACGUCCUUCAGUGCGGCGGAGAUGCUCGCCUCUUCCUCAUCGCACUCCGCUUCAACCUAUCAGACCGCCAAUAACGAUAGACAAUCGCAGCCGAUCGUCGCGCAAAGGACUCAAUACUACCCACGUUACCAUCAUCCAGAUAUCACGAAAUGCGCACCGGCCCCGUAUUCACAGAGUUCCAUUUAUCAGUCUGCCAGCGUAGCGCAGCCUGCGAGCAUGGUUCAGCAACCGAGCACAAGACCGACGCCAGUAGAACAGAAUAAUGCGACAUCGUCUAAUAUCGUCACUCAAGGACAUUGUCCGCCGGAACAGCAACGAAUAUCUGGUACUUAUGGCAGCAACGUGCCACUUGUUCAAAGUCCUCUCGGCGGAGCUAUAGUGUACGGAUCCAGCUCCUCCUCUUCAUCCUCUCAAAGUUACCGUUCUACGAGUCAGUAUCAGCAGCAAACCCAUCGUCCGGCCGCUUCCGCUUCGAGCGUCAGCGAUAGGUCGCAUAGCUCGGACGGGUUGCAUUCUUCCACCGCUGCCUGCUCUUCGUCGUCACAGGCGGUCAGUCCACGUCAGCCUGGACCAGGAAGCUCCUCCAAUCACAUUCCUUCGCAGUCGCAGAAUCUUCCGGGUCACAUUCCUUCACCGCAUCUGCCGUCCGCUGCCACCUCGGUACACUAUCAUCAGCACCAGCAGCACCAGCAGCAGCAGCAUCAUCAUCAUCAUCAUCAACAACAAUCAUCGUCUUUACAACAGCAGCAGCAGCAGCAGCAGCAGCAUCAUCCUAGUCGUAUAAAUGCGUCGCCACAUUCGCACGGUUCCUCGUAUGGAGGUCGUAUAAUGUCGCUGCCACCGCACGGCGUCCCAUCGUCAUCGUCCUCCGUCAUGGCGGCGAACCAUUCGCAGCAGCAACAGAUGCCACCACCUCCAAGUGGAUAUCACGUAGGAACGACGCCGUCGCCGCAUCACGAGCCGUCGCCGCGUCACGCCACUCCGUCGCCGCAUCAUGCGACUCCAUCGCCGCAGCGGCAGUCGCCUCACGUGUCCAGCCUGCACGCAUCCCCAUCUCCUCAUCAUACUCCCUCGCCGCACAACAGCUUCCAGCCACAUUCGCCAACCUAUCCACCGCCGCCUCCGCCGCCGCCGCAACAACAGCAGCAGCAGCAGCAGCAGCAACAGCAGCAGCAGCAGCCGUCGGCUUCGUCAAGGUCGACACCACAUUCGUACAAUUUGUCAUCGGUCACCUCGCAGCAUUAUCAAACGAAUUACGUGGCGGCGGUUCGUGACGCGGCGAUGGGGUUGCCUUACGCACCGCCGCCACCGACCCAGUCUUCGUACCAUUCCUUCCAGAAGAACCCGCAACCGGAGUCUCAGGGCAGUAGCUAUUACUCCCAGCCAAACCGGUCUCACGGUCAGUCUUACGGUAUGCUGGUACCGCCGCAGACGGUAUACUCUAACACUCCCGGUAGCAAUAGUCUAGGUACCUACCAGCAAAAUGCCAGUAAGCACGCGACGUAUAACGGUGCGGAUGCUACGAAGAGAGGCGCGAUUGACAUUACGACGACACCUUACGGUACGCAUCGAUUGCCCGCGCAGAGGAGCACUAAUACGCAUAAUCUGCCGCCUAUCGCCGCGCUUUCGUCCUAUCAUUCCAACAGACGUGAACCGUUGGGAAAAUCGGCGCAAACGAUGGCACGACAACGAAUGCAUCUGACAAACGCAACCAACAAAAUCCCGUCCGUCGUGAUGCCACCCUCAUCUAUAGCGAUGCCUCCUCAAAGGGUUGCCGAAUAUUCAAUGACUCCGGUCUCGGCUAUGAACCACUCGAUACCGGUGAACGGUAGGACAACCACUGUGACAAACAUGACGUACGGUUCGCGAUACAGCGGCCAACAAGGCUAUCCAUCGUCAUCGUAUGCCACCACGAUGGCGCCCAGUCAUCAUAGCAACAACUCCACUAGCAGCACCACAGUGACCACUAUUAGUCACACUGGUUCAGGUGGCGCGAGGUCUUCCGUUUCAACGGUCCACGCGUAUCAGUCUUCCGACGAGCCGGAUCGGUCAGCGGGAUCGUCGUCCUAUCAUCAUCAGCCACCGACACGAAUAACGACCGAGGGCUAUGCCUACAAAGAAUAUCCUUACCAGAACCCAACGACAUCCGGUAGUCAAGCGACCUCGGUCGCCACUAUAGCAAGUUCUCCAUCGCCGAGCAACGCAGUUCGAAAGAGGGAAUCUCCUCUGGACUUGUCUGUGAAAACAGUUAAGACGUCGGCCGAUUCUACGGCGCAGGAUGAUCUUGAAACUAUCAACACCGACAAGCAUGUUAGUAGCUCAAGUUUGAGUUCAUCUAGGAACAACAUGAAUAGGCCGAUGCCACCUCCGGCUGUCGUGCAUCAAUCGGCAGCGGUACAACCAUCAUACCCGUCAUCGUAUGAUCAUAGGCCUUCGAGUAAUAGUUCAAGAAAUUCCAUGCCCGUAACCUGCAUCCGGGCAUCGACGCCUCAAACGGUGUGCGCGCCCAAAGUCGACUUUCUACCAGACUUUACCUCGACGCCGCUACGUCAUCAGUCGCACCACGAGAAUCCUCUUCGCAGAAGCACUACGCAGCAGCUUUACGUUCCAUCUGCCCAGCCUCCCUCGUCCCAUCACACGAACACCUCUCCAUUGCCUCAUAUGUCCACGUUCAAGAAGCGUCCACUGCCCACGUCGCCAUUGUAUGACGGCCUGACGAUACCACCGCCACCUUCAUCGUCCUCGUCGUCGUCGUCGACGUCUUCAUCUUACCUCCAGACAAAUGAUUCUGUGUCCUCGAGGUUCUCCAAGUAUCACUCGAUGAUGGAUCCAUCUUCGCGGCUUGGUCAGCCUACACUGCCCACACAAGAUUACCCGCCCGACUCCAGCAAGCACUACUUAGGGGACAGUAGAGUCAAAUUUGAUCAGCAAUUCUCUCAGCGUGAACGGCCAUUUAAAAGAGCCGGAGAGUCGAUUUAUGGCAUAGUCCCUAACAAGCAGGCUAGAGUCGCUUGGCGAGUACCGAGUACUGAAAAACAAAUUGUUGAGCCAAAGCUGCCGACCGCGGAUGCGCUCAACGAACAUCAUAAACGACAAGAAAUGAAUUUGUCGGUUCCUCUGCCGAAUGGAGCUCUUACGACAUCCAGCACCUACGAUCAGAGAACCGACAACAGCGGUUACUCGGCAGAGUCUAGAUAUCAGUCGGUAUACUGUGAUAAAAGGACCUAUCCGGAGUCUAAAGUCAUACGCAGUUCGCCGUCGUCGUAUAAUCAUCCGGUGAUCACGAAAUCCGCGAGUGUGCACCCAUUACCGCAACAACUGAGCAGUGCGCAACUGACCUAUCCGAAUUAUCGCCAGCCAGUUCCGAAGACGACGUGUCUCCCGAGUGGGGUAUCUGGCGGUCAGCCGAUGGAUCAACCUAGCAACACUGGUGCCGACAAGAGGGUGCUCAGCUUGCUGAGGAAUAGCUUGGAGAAUAAACAACAAAGGGAUGAACAGCUCAAUAGUCAGCAGCCUAUCUUAGUCAAUCACAAUCAACAGAGCUACCAGAAUAAGGUCGUCGCGCCAGUCGAGCCUAAGAGCAUCGGCAGGCACAAUCUGUCACCCUUCGCGGCGGCGAGUUUGUUUGAGCGUAACAGCAACACGCCGCCGCAUUACAAGUUCCACGUUCCGCGAGCAGUAGACUCGAUCACUCAGGAGGUGCCACGUAGCAUGUAUGCCUCGAGAGUGAACGCAUCUGCCACGCUACCCGGCAAGGAAGCUUCCCUCACGGGACCACGUGGCGCCGAGAACCAAAUCCACCGUGACAAGGACGACGGUCUUGCCGCUAUCUUAGCUGCGAAGAUCAGGACGAAGGCGGAAUUGAAACAAGUCGGAACCGGCCAAUUUGCAACGAAAGCAUCUUCCGUACUUCCUCAGGACGUGUCAUCAACGCCGAGAGAGAUCGAUAGUGCAGCCUCGACGUCGACGCCGCAGUCUGGCUCGUCGGCAGGUAGCCCGCCGAAAUUAACGCGCGAAAAGACGGUCUGUUUGCCGCCUAGAAGACGUUUGUUUUCGAGAACCGAGGAGGAGAACAUGCCAGUAGCGGCGACCGUGCCAGUUGCCGCCACGGUCGCGUCUACGGUCCCAGCCAGGACGAGCGGAGGAGCCAGGAGCUCCUCCGAAACAUCGGUCUUUGACUUCCGGGAGAGCGAUUCCGAAGGCGAGAUGCCAGUUCUCGAGCGACAAACCUUGGAGGAGAUGAGAAGAGACAGGAAACAAUUGUCCAAAGUACAACCCCCGAUACCUCUCAACGAUGCUGUAUGUAUGAAUAUGGCGUCCUCGACAGAUCUCGUGAAGAUAGAGUUAAAGGAGAACGACAAAAUCAACGACAUUGAUCCAUUUUGGAGUAACACCUGUGAUAAGUUUAUGGAGCAAUUACGCACGGGCGAUUCCGUGAAGAAACGAGGACGCAAGAAAAAAGUGGGCCUUAUCGCAACAUCAAAACUUGAAGACGCAGCGAACGAUAGUGAUAAAGAAUCGGAUACCAAUGCAUCGCAUUCCCAAAUUAAGCCCGAAGACAUUAAAAAGGAGAUAGAUCCGUCUAUUAAUGAUGAUAAAAAUUUGAUUUUCAAGGACAUUAAGAUCAAGACGGAACCCGGACUGAGAAAAGAGGAUGACAAACACUCGAGCGAUGAUUCAGACGAAGUGCCGUUAAUUAAAAGAACAAGGCAGGAAACGAAGAAGGAAGAUAGUGAUUGUGAUGAGGAAGUAAUAUGUCGAAAAAGACGGAUUCGUCGCGGCGGCAGGAUCAAAAUUCAAUCUUCUAGCGGUAGCGAAUCCUCGAGCGAGGAGAGCGAUGUCAGUACCGAAUUCGGCCAUGGUUCCACAGUGGCUGACAGACUUCGAGCUAGGAAACGGUCUAAGGCUAACGCGUCCGAAGGUAUGAAGCUUCGUUCGAGGGACAGUACUCCUCACAAGGCGAAAACGGACAAGGAAUCCAAAUUGUCGCCUCCCAAAGGUGGAACAUCCCAAAAAGCGAAACCGAAACCGUUGUUCGGUGACGGUAGUGAUUUCAGGCCCGGUUGGGAAGAGGAGGUUUACGUGUACAAAAAAUCUCUAAGAAUGCCACCCAGAUUAAUAACAGUGUCAAAACCGUCGCGUUUCCACCGACUGUCCACGUCAUUGCCAGAUUUAGAUCCUGGCUCGCCGGCAUUGUCCGUCUCGAUGGACAGUUCCGACGUGUGUCUUAGUCGUAAUAAGAGAGACAGCGACAUGGAGUCUAAUUACAGUUUCAGCAUCAUGGGACUCGGCAGUAAAAUUGACGACGAGGAGGCGACCUCAUCGACAACAGUUUCUUGUCCCCCGAAAGCCAUGAUAAAACACUUCCGUUCGGAAAACAAUUCUAUUGUUGAUGUUCUCGCGCAGAAGGUUGGAGGUGGUGGUAGUGGUGGUGGUGGUGGUCAGAAGGAUUCAAGGAAGAAGCAAAAUCUGAAAAGUAAUAAGAGCAGUAACGUUAAUAAAAGCAAUAACGAACCGGAACUUUUACCAACACCGGGUCUCACACCGAUUCCGUCGUCCGAGACAUCGACAAAGAGCUCUAAAAACAAGAUCGCGUCGAAGAAUAAUAGAAACCCGAUUAAAGUUACCAACUCCGUCCUCCUCGGUUACUUCCGCAAAGAGACGGUCAAUAAUUUCCGCGACGCGUUCAAAAACAAUCAUACGUUGCCCAACGAAUUCUCCACUCUGGUAUUGAAGAGCAGAACGAGAACGGAGACGAAAGUGUUGAAGAAGGAGGCGACUAUUCGCGAAGUUUUCGGCGAGGAUAGGCCCGCGUCUGCUCCACCGAUGCAGAAUCACGACGACACGUCACAGGACGACGAUUCGCAGAACGAAACGCCGGAGAAUACGUUGGGCAAGGUACGAACGUUGAAGCAAAAAGUGGUGUCCCGUUUGAGGAACGCUGGUAUACUACGAAGUCACAAGGCGAUUAUGAACUCAAAACGUCGUCUAUUAACUGCCGAGAGGCGAAAGGGUCUUCUUAAGUCGCUUGCUGAUAAGAAACUACAUCGUAUCAAGACUAAGAUAGAGCGAGAAGAGACGAAUGGCGCUAGAGAGGAGGAAAAUAACGAGAUGGAAGAUGACAAGAAUGAUUUGGAUCUUCGUAACAAAAAGAAGUUGAAGCUUCGACCUGGCCGACGAAAAUUCCGUUCUGGAUUCGAUUACAUUCGCAAGAAGAAGAAACCGCUAAAAAAAGACGAGGCAUUACCGAAGGAAAGGAAGAGGCAAAGUCAAGGUAACAAACCAAGUCCGGAGUGCGUAGCCGAUAUUCAGUCUGAGAUCAGAACGUGGGUUAUCAAGAAAGGCGUCGGGGAGACCAUAUUACACCGUGCUGCCCGUCUCGGUUACACGGACGUGACUGCUUAUUGUCUGGAGAAACUCAAUAACGCGCCGGGUCCCAAAGACAACGCGGGAUAUACACCGCUUCAUGAGGCGUGUUCGAGAGGUCAUCUGGAGAUUGCAAAACUUUUGCUGGCUUACGGCGCGAAUGUCAGCGAAAGCGCUAACGGUGGUAUCAGGCCACUUCAUGAAGCGGCGGAGAAUGGUGCUACAGAGCUUGUGCGAUUGUUGUUAUCGUACGGUGCUGAUCCAUUGUUGGCUACUUAUUCCGGACAAACGCCUUUGAUGCUAGCUGUUGAUACCGAAGCGCAUUCCAUUCUAGAACAGCACCUGGCUGACAUCCAAGGUCGUACCACUGUACCAUGGUCAUUUGCCGGUCCAUUUUCUAUUUUAGAUCCAGAAGAGACGGGCUACAAUCCGCUCGAUGAUGUUCCAUUGGAGAAUCCAGAGUCAGUUGAGCUGGAUGAUAUCGAAAUGGAAGUGAGCGACACGAAUCUACCUGUUCUCUUCACCCUGAACAACGAUCCCGACAAGUGGGUGCUGCUUCAAGAUCUCAUGGCGAUUUUGAGGAUAAAAAGUCGCGAAGCUCUUCUCCGCCAAGUCAAUCCGAAAGCUCCCUCUGGACCGCCUGCAAUCGCGCAUCGUGAUAUCAUGCGUGAUAUCAAGCUGGCAGAUUUCCUGGAACAGUCACGUUGUUGUCACCUGUUGAGCGGUGGCGAAAGGAUCAAUAUGCGCGGCUCCAAGGUGACUCUUAUCAAAUACAACGACAAGGUGAAGUCCCUGCUGAACGUGGAGAAAGUGCUGAUCAGCGGUAGGUGACAAGAGGCGUCUCUGGGGCGAUCAUCUCCCCAGAUAUCGAAACCAUCGACUUCGAUUCCGGCCAAGGAACAUCAGAAGAAAGCUGAAGGCAAAACUACGGUGAAACGCGAGCGGCAACAGGGAAGAAAGCGACAAGAAACUCGUAAUAAAAAUUCUGCGGACUGAGCGGUUCUCGGUAGUCAAUGAUUUAUUAAGAUAUAAUAAAAUUGUAAAAAUAAUAGCGAUUUAAGAGUUAUCGCUUAAAAGUUAAUGUUAUAAGGCCAGAUCGUUUUGAUAGCCGUUUCAUGAUGUGUUAAGAAGAGUAAGGAAGACAGAUUCUUGCUCCUUUAACGGAAAAAAUCCUAAAUGACUGAUGCGAAUCUGUUUGGAAAACUCGUCCCUGAAGAUUAAGAAAGACUGAUCGACACAAUGAAGAUCGGUGCUUUUGCGUGUGUCCAAAGACUGACUUCUCGAUUUAUCUUAUGCUUCGGAAGGUAAAUCAGACUAACCGAUACACUGAUAAUUGAUUUUCUCCUCUCGAUCUCAUAGUACAGAGCAUAACGAAAUGGAGUUUGAUAUUACAGUGAUAAGAAAUACGCACAUAAUCGGUUCCUUCAUUCAAGCGAUGAAUUUGUCAAUCGAAAUAAAGAAAGUCGGUAAUAAGCCGACAUUCUGCCGGGAGCGUAACGCGCAAUUAAACCUAACUUCGAAGCACAGCUGUGCAACUGUAGUUUUAGAUAAAAUUAUCUACUAUUUAAUGCGCAGCUAAGAGUGGGGAAACAGCUACCUGUGACAUUAUAUAGCAGUAUUGAAACGGGAUAUAUAUAUACGUAAUAUACCCAUAGAACGAGAAUAUUUUAUUAAUUCUCUUAAGGACUGAGUAAAUAAUCAGAAGUUUGUUAACAUAAAGUUUUUAGGCGAAAUGAAAGGAAGGGGAAACACGCGUUGUUUAGGCGAUUAAGGCGACGGGAAAACGAAAUCUUUGACAGUAGGGGUUUCUCUGAAUCGUCGAACCAAGUCUCGGAAUAGUAAUAAUAAAUAUAACGCUAACGUAAAUAGGGAGUAAUAAUUAUAUUAGGAAUGCGAGAAAACGUAGCUGUCAUACCAGAUAUAUUUUUAUCUCGUACGUGGCUUCAAGAAGUUUCUCUGUUUUUAAUAGACUUCAUUCCGAGAUUUGUGGAAUUAAAAUGCGCGCCCGUGUGCGUUAAUAUCAAUUUUUCUUUCUUUUUGAGCUACUACAGAACGCGUCGUUUGGUAAAAAAAGAAUCGACAUUAAGAGAGAGCGUAACAUAAUUGCUAUCACGAAUGAUAAUGUUACCACAGUUUAGUCCUUGUUUUUCCUUAUGUUAGGGAAGAGUUGUACAUUAUGCCGUGCGAGUUAUAUUUAUGAAAUGUGUUAAUCGAUCAUUGCAAAUAAGGUGCUUGAAAUUGAAAAGCUAGACGAGUUGAAUUUCAAUUCAUCGAGUCCAGAAAUAAUAUUUGAUCCAUUGAGGAGACACCGUUACACGUAUAAAGGUGCAUAUCUGUUGUCUAGUUCUAUUUUUAAAUAUUUCGCUGUUUUUAAUAUUCUAAUGUACAUAUAUUUGUACAUUAGAAUAUUAUUAAUAUUA